AUGAGGCAAUUAGUUACAUUGAAUGCCAGGAGUAAGGAGCACAGCGAAUAUUUGCACACCAUAUUAAUGAUUUUGAAUGACAUUCAAGAAAAACAAAAAUCAUCGGAUAAUCAACCUGCAACUCCCUCGUCCAUGCUUGAGUUUGAACCGAUUUAUGAAACGCUUCCAGUAACUAAUGAAGAGUCCUUAAAUUUAUUACAACAGGCUCCUACCAAUGAUCAGACUAUGUUUAACAAAACUGUAAAAAUGUUGUCCUUAAUUGGAGGAAGUGACAUUAAAGAGUCAGUGAGGCGGAUAUUGAGAAAACUAAUAUCAAAUGAUUAUGCCAAACAGUUUAGUUAUACUGGUCACAAAAGCUCCAAACAUGCAUUUAACAAAACAAUUUUGUCAUCACUACUUAUAAAAGCUAUACAUUCAACUAGCAAUUUGGCUGAUAAAUCAGUCAAAGAAGUAGAAACCAUAACAAGCAUUUGGCUGAGCAAUGCCAGCGAAAGGGCAAAAAAUAAUAACUAG